AUGAAUUAUGGAGAAUGCGCAUGUUUAGCCUUGGUUAAUGAUGAAAUCCGAAAACAACUUCCCAAUAAUAUCACCAAUGACACAUUGAAAAAAAGAAAGAAAAGAUCAGGAAAAAUAUAUGAUUUAUUUGUUAGUAUUGGUAAAGAGAAAAUAAGUGGUAUUAGAUUAUUUACGGCAUCAAACAUUUCAAAUCUGAAUCAAAAAAAUAUUGAUUAUAUAAUCAUUGAAGUUUUAAAAAAAGAAGUUAAAAGUUAUAAGAAAACGGAGGAUUUUAUACGUUUUUUACGCAAUCAAGACUUAGAACUUGACAAUAAUGAUUUCAAAAUUUUAGAAAAACAAAAAAUUACAGGUUGGUGUUUUCUUAUGUUAAAUGUGGAUAAACUAAUACAAGAUGGUUUACAACGAGAACCAGCCGAAGAAAUUGCAGAGUUUAUUAAUAAAAUUAAGGGCGAAGAACAGGCUGGAUCUGGUGUGGUCGAAUUUUGGAAAAAACUUCUUGACGUAAGAAUAAUCUUCCUGAUACCACAAGAUAUGAAGAGGGUUGAAUUAAAUGCUCUGGAUUCUUACUUUACGAUAAAAGAUAAUCAGAUUUGCCUAGAUAAAGGUGUGAUUAUCGAUUCAGAUGGCAUACUAUACAAAAAUAGAGAAUGUACCGAUGUGCAAUUGCCAUCAAUUCUGAUCGAUAGCUUCGGAGGAAUGCUGUGUUUACCGGAUGGUGUGUUCUUUCUGGGAGAUAAGGAUAAUGGGUCGAGGCUUCUCAUACAGAACUGCUAUUUGCAGUUAAUCGAAUUAAUUAAAAAGAAACGCAGACGAGAUGGCCCAGCCUCUACUGGUUGCAUGAUUACUGGUACUCCUGGUAUCGGAAAGACAUACUUUGGUCUAUAUCUCCUCUUUUAUAUUCGUUACAAUUAUCCUAAGGCUAUAAUAGUCUGGCAAUAUAGUGAAAACAUUUGUUAUCAGUUCUCUCCAGAUGGUGAUGUGCAAGAAGGAGAUAUUAGCCUGUUUCGCAGAACACUGAAGAAUCCUAAUAACUUCCUUUUAAUUGAUGCACAAGAUUUGACAUUUAAAUAUAAGGCCUAUAUGAUCCUGCUCAUAUCACCGAAAGAAAUCAUUACGCUUUGGGAUCUUCAAUACAAGAAUAAGAAAAAUGACGAAGGUGAAGAGUUCACACUUGAAUUAGUCAGGGAAUUGUUAGACAAGUGGGGUCCAAUACCCCAGUCAGUUCUUUUAAAAUGGGAUGAUAAGACAUAUCAAAAGAAAUACGAUAAUCUGAUUUCUAAAUCCGACUUAGAAAAAUGUGUGAACUCUAUUGAUAAGUCAGGCAUGCCUACAGAUACAAUUAGUGGUAGACUCGUACAUCUUGAUGUAAAUUCAAACUUUACGGAAUUUGUGUACCGUUUUGCUUCUUCGAGAGUAUCUGACUUAAUGAUCCAGGCAUAUAAGACUAAAACAAAGAUUGAUGUUCGCAAUUUCGUCACAAGCAGUCAUGAGCAUCCAAUGAUCACUGGAUUUCGUGACAAUCUGUUCGAAGACUAUGCUCAUCUAGAAUUGCAAAGAGGUAGUAGUGAUGAACUAUCGAGAGAUGAUAAAAAUGAGGAUUCAUCAAAGAAGGAGAUAGAUAUGAAAAAAUGGAAGACGAAAAAGAGUGAUGCGAUGUUGGAAGACGAUAAAAUUGGGGAAGCUUCAGGGAGCAACAUGGGUUCAGGACAGCAUAAUUUAAAGCGUUCUCAUGAUGCGGUGUUGGUAGAGGAUGAAAGUGGAGAAACGUCAAAGAAAGGAAAUAAAAAAGACAUGAAAAAACGAAAAAUAAAAUAG